AUGGCCGCCAGAAAGAGGCCUGCCACGGAACAACCACUCGCAACAGGGGCAAAGAAUGAGGAACGUCUGGCCAAAACCUUCGGGAGAAUCUGGAUGAAAUUCUGGCACUCAAUCGAACUUCGAGCAGCAACUCGUCCUGUUAAAGCAGGGGCCCAGACUGGCCCAACAAGAGACCAAGUGAAGGCAUGGCCUGCUGAGAGAAGCCUAGCAGUCUUGGAGCUGACAUUGCAGAAGAGGAGGAAGCUUCUGGGAAAGGCAUAUGCCCGCCAAGAGCCCGAUCCCGAGGCGGCCCGUCAUUGUCCUAGAUUGUAG